AUGUCUUCCAACUUUCCAGUUCGAUCCGCUCCAAGUAGCAACUCAACUGCUAUUGAUGCUGCUGCUGCUGCUGCUGCUGCUGCAACAAAGAAAUCAAUGGCAGUGCGGGCUGUGCAGCUACGGAACAAUGAGAAAACUGCUAAGUACUAUGCUGCUGCCAUGGCAGGACUUAUAAUGGUAUUCACAUUAUUCCACUGGAGUCGGUUCCUCUAUAGUCGAUAUGCGACCAAAGGCCUGAGGAAGUCGAAGUUCAUGAAGGCUCAGGUCUCGUUAGCAAGGUUAUCAAUUCUAAAUGUUUGUUUCAUCACAUUUUUAGCAUUGAAGAAUACCCCGCUUGCAUUUUUGACGGCAUAUUCAUAUGAGAGCCUGAACCCACUUCAUCAAAUUGGCGGAUACACAGCCAUUAUCUGUGCGUAUCUUCAUGUCAUACUACAAUGUGUAUACUUCCACCAGGAGAACAUGCUCUCGGAGUUGCGGGAAACAGAACAAUUCUAUGGUAUGACAGCUGUCGCUGCCUUUUUCGUUAUUCUCGUUACGGCUAUAGCUGUACGGAAAUUGAGAUAUGAACUCUUUUAUAUUAUUCAUAUUACAAUGUAUAUGCUCAUCAUCGUCAUGAUCGCAUUGCAUCGGCCGGAAUUUGCGACGAAGACUGUUAUCAUUACUAUUGUCGCCGGUUCAAUGUGGGGUUUGGAUCGUAUGCUUCGUGGAUCGAGGAUCCUCUACAACAGCCUCAAUAACCACGCUACGUUACAUCCUUUACCCAAUGGCGGAACAAGGAUUGUGCUGCGUCGCUCUCCAUCUCGGACAGUACCUGGAACUCAUUGCUUCCUAUGGAUUCCUAAGAUUCGUCUCAUUGAAACCCACCCCUUUACAAUUGUCAACGCGAGUCCUAAAUCACUUGACCUAGUCAUUGCUGCCUACGACGGCUUUACUAAUGAUCUUCAUCAAUACGCAGUCAAACGUCCUGGUGUAUCUCUUCGUGCUUCCAUCGACGGACCCUACGGCGCGCUUCCAAACUUUGCAAAGGUCGCGGACAAAGUUAUCCUUAUUGCUGGAGGAAGCGGAGCUUCGUUUACCUUUGGUGUUGCGUUGGACAUGAUCAAAAAAGUCUCAGAUUCAAGCAACCUCAGCAUAGAUUUCAUCUGGACAGUCAGAGAACAAGAAAAUCUAUCCUGGUUCCGCGAAGAACUCAACGAACUCCAAAGUAGCCCCCGCGUCAGGCUAUUCCUCCACUCAACCCGGCCCUCACCCCCAACCCAAUCUCCCAAUGACAGCGUCAGCGAACCCCCAUCACCCCUCACAUCCCGCGCCUACAGCGAGAAGUCGCCUUUCCCGCCCUCCCAGACCGCCAGAUCAUCAAGCACGAGCACCAGCCAAGAAACCCCCGACACCGACCUUGAAGGGAACAAGCGGUCAAUGGCUACCACUCCAUGGGAUUCCUCAGUAUCACUCAACGUAGCGCACGGCCGACCGGAUAUCAAUGCUCUGAUCCGAGAUGUCGUCGCGAAGGCGGAUCGCAAGGAGAGGAUUACGAUUGCGGCGUGCGGGCCGGAUGAUUUGAUGGGGACUGUUAGGCGUACUGCGGCUGAUUGUAUUAGUGUUUCGGGAGCGAGUAUUGAGCUGCAUUGCGAGCAGUUUGGGUGGUGA